AUGAAUUUUUCACCAUUUGGAAGUCAUUUUCCAACAACUAUACCUACUAUACAUCAAUUUGCAGCCAAAUUUACUCAUGAUAGUACAAAUGGAGUGUUAGGUAGCGGAGCUCAAAAUUUAAAUGAUGCUCAAAGAUAUCAUUCCAGUCCAGGUCCUGCACAUUUUGGUAAUCAGCAUCAUCCACCAUUGGGAAUGCCUGUAAAUAUGGGAAAAUAUGCAGGUAGAAAUGAAUCAAUUAAUACUCAAAGCAGUCAAAUGUCAAAUCUAAAUGCUACUAACAAAUAUAUAUCAUUGCUUUAUAAUAAUUCACAAAAUUUAAAUCACCAAAGCAAUAGGCCACCAGCUAACUCACCAAAUAUGCAACAAAGUGACCGCGGAAGUGGCCAGCUUGAUAAAAGAUAUGAUUUACAGCCUCAAGAUUUGUGUUCAGGUAUUCUAAACGAUAAAGACAUAAAAUUUGGAGAAGGUAAAAAUUUCAAAAAAGAAGACGACAAAGAUUGCAAUGAGAGACCUCAUUCGAACGAAACCGAAUACAACAGCAGCAUGGGUCUUCAUCAUACCCAUCACCAAAACCAAAUGCCUCCAAGUUGGCAAAGUUUAGCUGCACCCGGAUCGACUGUAGCAGAUUAUUUAUCGCAUUUACCUGCCAGUACACUUCCUUUAAGUUUGCAUCAUUUUUUAAAAUACUCAGCAGAGAGUAUAAAAAAAGAAACGGACAAUUUAAGCAUGUCAGGUCUUUCCUCUGGUACAAUUAAUAAUCAGAGUUUGAGCGGAAGUCAAGGAAGUUCGAGUUUACUGCCACCGGCGAAAAAGAAAAAAAAGAAGAAGCCCAAAGAAAAAAAGCCCAGGCCGAAACCCGGUGAAAUUCGUUUGACUACUGCUUUAGAUGGCUCAACCUUAUACUGCUGCCCCGAAUGUCACAUGGCUUACCCUGAAAAAGAAAUGCUAGAGCAACAUUUGUUAGGUCACACACUGGAGAGAAGAUUUGUUUGUGAUAUAUGUGGAGCAGGGUUAAAACGUAAAGAUCAUCUUACGAGGCAUAAGCAAAGUCAUAAUCCCGAAAGACCGUUCGUGUGCUCCGUAUGUCUAAAAGCAUUUAAAAGAAAAGAACAACUAACAUUGCAUUUUGUCAUACAUUCCGGUGAAAAGAGACACGUAUGUCCGGAAUGUGGAAAAGGUUUUUACAGGAAGGAUCACUUAAGAAAGCAUACGAGAAGUCACAUUGCGAGAAGGGUAAAAGCUGAAUUGUCUCAGCACGCACCUCAAGCUCAACAGCAUCCCGGUAGCUUAAGCUCCUCUCACCACAUACCAGUAGAAACGGCACUGCUUUCCUGA